GGUCAGCCUGCGCGCCUCUUCACUCCCACUCUUCCCAUUUCGCCGUCUCCGCGCCAGGGCAGGCAGCCACUCCAGCUGGUUGCCCCUCCCUCUUCUGAGAUGUCAGGAAGGAGGGAGCCACCGGUGUCCUCCACAAGGGCCCCCCGGAAUCUGGGGGCCCCCAGCCCCAGAGCUCGGAGGUGGAGGAGGUGCUGACAGGUCAGGUGCUCCAAGAGAUGCUCCCCGUCCCCUCAUGCUCCCUUCCCAUCCUCCUCCUCUUCCUCCUCCCCAGUGUCCCAAUGGAGCCCCACCCCCCACCCUCACCACUGCCCCCAUUCUUAGCCCCUGAGUGGGACCUCCUGUCCCCCCGAGUAGUCCUGUCCAGGGGUGCCCCUGCCGGGCCUCCUCUGCUCUUCCUGCUGGAGGCUGGGGCCUUCGGGGAGCCAGCGGCCAUCCCAGCCAACCGCAGCCGGCGCGGGGUGAGCGAGACGGCACCAGCGAGUCGCCGCGGCGAGCUGGCUGUGUGCGACGCAGUCAGCGGCUGGGUGACAGACCGCCGGACAGCUGUGGACCUGCGUGGGCGCGAGGUGGAGGUGCUGGGCGAGGUGCCUGCGGCUGGCGGCAGUCCCCUCCGCCAGUACUUCUUCGAGACCCGCUGCAAGGCUGAUGGCACUGGGGAAGGUGCCCCAGGUGGGGGUGGAGGGGGCUGCCGGGGUGUGGACCGGAGGCACUGGGUGUCCGAGUGCAAGGCCAAGCAGUCCUAUGUACGCGCGUUGACCACUGAUGCCCAGGGCCGUGUGGGCUGGCGAUGGAUUCGAAUUGACACUGCCUGCGUCUGCACACUCCUCAGCCGGACUGGCCGGGCUUGAGGCCCAGCCCAGGAACUGGUCAGGCAGAGACAGAACAAGGCUGGAUGCUGAGGGACCUCACAGGUGGCCUGGCUGCUCCAAGGGCCUCAAUUUGGGAACUUGUCAAAUGAUCACAAAAUCACAGCUUUCUGAUUUUGAGAGCUCAAUCUGUGCAGGAUGGGCGAUGAAACUAAAUGGGGUUUUGAAGGAUGAAUAGGAGUUCUCCUGGAGGAAUUUGAGGGUAAUAAUGAUGAUGGUAACAAUAAUGGCCAGUAUUUA